GAGGGCGGGGUGUCGUUCCCUUUCGCUGAUGCAAGAGCCUAGUGCGGUGCUGGGAGAGGUGUCGGCAGGAGCAGCGCUGCCGCCGAAGCCAAGGGCUGACCCGUCUGACUUCUCGUUCGUGCCGAGCCCACUCGAACCGCAGCCAUGUCCGGGGACGAGAUGAUUUUUGAUCCUACAAUGAGUAAGAAGAAAAAGAAGAAGAAGAAGCCCUUUAUGUUAGAUGAGGAAGGGGAUGCCCAGACAGAAGAAACUCAGCCCUCUGAAACAAAAGAAGUGGAACCAGAACCAACUGAGGAUAAAGAUGUGGAAGCUGAUGAAGAAGACAGUAGGAAAAAAGAUGCUUCUGAUGAUCUAGAUGACUUGAACUUCUUUAAUCAAAAGAAAAAGAAGAAAAAAACAAAAAAGAUAUUUGAUAUUGAUGAAGCUGAAGAAGGUGUAAAGGAUCUUAAGAUUGAAAGUGAUGUUCAAGAGCCAGCUGAGCCAGAGGAUGAUCUUGAUAUUAUGCUUGGCAAUAAAAAGAAGAAAAAGAAGAAUGUCAAGUUCCCAGAUGAGGAUGAAAUACUAGAGAAAGAUGAAGCUUUAGAAGAUGAAGAUAGCAAAAAAGAUGAUGGAAUCUCAUUCAGUAACCAGACAGGUCCUGCUUGGGCAGGCUCAGAAAGAGACUACACCUAUGAGGAGCUACUGAAUCGAGUGUUCAACAUCAUGAGGGAAAAGAAUCCAGAUAUGGUUGCUGGAGAGAAAAGAAAAUUUGUUAUGAAACCUCCACAGGUUGUCCGAGUAGGAACCAAGAAAACUUCUUUUGUCAACUUUACAGAUAUCUGUAAACUAUUACAUCGUCAGCCCAAACAUCUCCUUGCAUUUUUAUUGGCAGAAUUGGGUACAAGUGGUUCUAUAGAUGGUAAUAACCAACUUGUAAUCAAAGGAAGAUUCCAACAGAAACAAAUAGAAAAUGUCUUGAGAAGAUAUAUCAAGGAAUACGUCACUUGCCACACAUGCCGAUCACCGGACACAAUCUUGCAGAAGGACACCCGACUUUAUUUCUUACAGUGUGAAACUUGUCAUUCUCGAUGCUCUGUUGCCAGUAUCAAAACCGGCUUCCAGGCUGUCACGGGCAAGCGAGCACAGCUCCGUGCCAAAGCUAACUAAUUUGCUAAUCACCACUGAUUUUGCAAAGUGUGUUGUGGAGAUUUGGCUGGACAGGUUUACCAUCAGAGUGGAUAUACCAUUGUAUUAAAAACAAGAUAGAAAAGCUGCCAAGUUCUUUGGUGAGUGGUUGGUUGAUCUGAAAUCCUUGCAGGAUGCCGAUGCUCAAGCUGUUGACAUACUCAUUGCCUACUUUAACAACUGUCAGAAAAACAUGAUGGGGUAAGGAGGUGCUUUUUUAAAAUCGUUCAUAGACUUCUGUAAAAUGCAAGAUAAAUUAAAGUUAUUAUAACAGUGAUUCUUUCAA